CUUUCACAUCUUUUCAGAUUUACCGUUUUAUAUUUAUUGUUUAUUUACCGCUGUAAGUUGUUUAUUUCUUGUGAGGAAAAUGUUAACAAAAUUUGGUCUUUGGCGAUAAACUCAAAUCAAGUUACUCUGUAUUUCAAAAAAGCUGUGAUGUAUUUUUUGGAAAAAAUGGCUAAUCGUAGGCAGUAUUUUGUAUGAUCGCAACAUAUUAAAUUAUUUUAUUCUCCUCGACGGAGUUAACUUUCAGGGAUCCCGACUGAAGUCUGCAGUGUUUUGUAAACUCCGUUGUCAUUAGGAAAGAUGGUUUAGCGCGGAAUAUAAUAUACCUUUAUGUACUGCCAAAAGCUGUGUUAUCAGCCACUUCGGAAAUGGAUUUGAAAAACAAAUUGCGUUCGCUGGUUCGCACUAGACAGGAUCCGAAAACAAUUGAUUUGUCUCCAAGUAAUGAAGAAAAUCUCAACAGUUUCACUUUUGAACCCACGGUGACGAUUCAGCCGAUUGGUCGUACGCGCGCCUUCAGUCCAGCAGAUCCACACGCGGAAAAUGAAAUCCUCAAGUCUAUCGAAGAAAUUUAUUACUCCAGUAACAGCUUCGAUGCUAGCGAUUAUGAAUUACAGAAAUUGAAUGGAGAAUACGAGCUAGGCAAAAUUGAUCAACUACGGAAAGGUUUGAAAAGUCAGUUGGAAGUGGUUACAAAAACAUUGUCCGAAAUAAUUCUGAAAAAUCAGGCUGCCUAUACGGAGGAGCUUAAACGGGUUACCGAAAUUGAAAAUGAUCUGGGAAACGCUGUGCUUAUUAGUAAAGCAGCGCGAGAGGCAACUCGGCAGUCCCAUGACAGUUUUGCCGCCAAAGAAUUGAAAUUACUGCAGCUACAUAAGCGCGGUCAACAUCAUAUUGUUGUGCUGCGAGCCUUAACUGUGAUCAAAACCCUGAGGAAAACCAUGGCUAAUAUUUCUGAUCUCAUUGAAGAGGGUAAUUUUACUGAAGCUAUCCAGCUAACAUUGACAUGCCGACACGCUGCCAAACAACAUCGCCAGUACGGUUGUAUCAGCCAGCUACAUGAGAAACUGCAGGACACUUUGAUGGUAAUUGAACAGCGGCUGGACACCUCUUUGGGACAGAUCUGCUUGAAUUUCGAUGCCAAACAAUAUGCACGGGUUUAUAAUGCUUACCAACUUUUGGAUAAGAACCAGACCGCCGUUGAUCAACUACAUAUGCAUUUCAUUACAACCAUUCACAAUCGGUCAUUCGGCAUUCUUCUGGGGUUCGUUGAGUUAGCCAACCAGAAAACCGGCCGCAGCGAUAAUUUUAUCAAGAAGCCGUACCAAGAGUUAUGCCAGGCUGUACCCGCUGAAUUUUUCGUCUUGGCAUUAUACGAAUUGUGCAAAGGAUUAUGGGAAAUUAUGAAAAUAUACCGCACUGUGGUUCGAUGGCAUCUUGAUCUAUCCCAUCAGCGAAAACUAUCUAAAGGAGAUGCUGUUGCUGGCUCCACAACGCCUACCGAACCCAGUGCUGAUAGGGAUUUAGUAGAAGUUUAUGUUCUUCACAAACUGGAAAGUGGACCACCGAGAUUGUGGUCGGAUAUGGAGCAGAAAGUUCGUGCUUUGCUGACACAUAAUGAUGCAGCGACACAGCUGAAAUAUGAUACGUUUGGUCACCUGUUAGCCGUUUUAAAAAGGUUUUGUGCUGUUGGAAAAGAAUUCGGUGGUGUGAAUUCCGAUUCUCUAAUGGACGCUGUGAAACAGCAGGCUUCGCGAUUCUUUUCUGUUUACCACAAAACAAAAUUGGAAGAGCUUCACUUUUUUAUCGACAACGAAUGUUGGGAAGUAUGUCCUAUGAAAAGCCAUUUCACUUGUUAUGAUUUAUGGGAGUUUGAAUUUCUACGUCCAAAAAAUAUCGGCUCAUCAAACGAUCGUGCGGUGGAUGAGCCCAAGUCGUUUUUCGAUUGUCGCGAUGGUAUUACACCCUUCGAUAACCUGAUGCAGAGCGAAGAACACUCGGAGGAUGUCUUGAUCGAUUCUGGGGUUAGCGAGAAAUCGCUGUCUGACAGCGAUGAAGACGUUAUUGAUGAACUGAAGCAAGAUGCCAUUGAUGAAACCGGUGAAAGACGCAGACCGUCGCCGAAAAUUCGUCGGAGUUCGGCGUACAGGAGCAUUUCCCUGGGUGGACCUGUGGUUACUAAUUCAACACUCACGGUUUUGAGAUUAUUCGGAAGGUAUAUAUUUUUUGUAACUAUGCUGGAUUCUAUCGCACCGGAAGUUGUCAAUGCUUUGUCUCACCUGUUCGAUUACUACAUGUACACGGUAUUCACUAUAUUUUCAACGGACAUCCAUGAAUAUUUUGAGCCAUUGGUGAUAACUAAAAGGCUUCAAACGGCUAUGCGACGCAUAAGAGAAAAUCUGAUCACGGCCAACGAUCAUGUGGAAGUGGGACCUGAUGGAAAGCUUAGAAUACCGACUCCGCACUUAUCACCGACAAUUGAUGUACACGAUACUAAAGCCCUGUUCGCACUUCCGGAGAGGAUAGCGGCAAUGGAAUCGUUAGCCUUUUUGAGUUCGCAGAUGGAACUGAUUCAGCCGCAUCUCGAAAAAGCGCUGCCUCCACAGCGCCGUGUGUUUUUACAGCAGUUUUAUGCACAGUCAGUGGCAUUAGUGAAUGAUCUACGCGCGCCGGUGUAUUGGUUUGUCGCCUUUCGGACAAUAAAUUACGAUAAAGCUUUGACGAUGAUGGCAGAUGUGGCAUGGGAUAUUAAAGAUCUUGCAUCACAGCAUAGUGAAUACGUUGACCACCUGUUGAGUGAAUUGGAUACGUUUAAUAACGUUAUUCGCGGCAUUGGCCGAUCAACAGCAAUUCCAAAAGAAACCAUGGAGACUUUAUGGUCGCUAGCCAUAUUAUUAGCGAAUCGCACCUUUGUGGAAGGCUACGCUAAUGCCAAGAAAUGCACAAAUGAAGGCAGAGCCCUGAUGCAGUUGGAUUAUCAACAGUUUCUAAUGAAGGCGGAAAAACUUACAUCCCUCAGGCCUUUGCCGGAUAGGGAUUAUGUGGAUAACUACAUAAAGGCAUUCUACCUACCGGAAGAUGCGCUGGACAAAUGGGUUAAAGACCACCGGGAAUACACUUUAAAGCACGUGGUUGGACUGAUCAACCACUCACCUAGUCUCAGCAAGAAAACCCGCCAACGUCUACUACAGUUUGUGGAGGAUCCCGAGGGUCUCAAAGGAAAGAAAUAGCCCCGGUCAGUCGGAUUUUGUACAGUUAAUUUAUUUAAAUUAAUUUUUAAUGUUUUCCUACUUGACCAACAUUCGGUACCUCUUUGUCCACUGUCGAUCUGCAUUAUUUGUAUGUGAUACGCGUGACAACUGACCCGGCUGCGGUUGGCGUUCGUUGGUAAGCGGAUAGGGUAUGUUGCAUGUGCUGUAUGGUGAUUACAUGUUCGGCAGUUUUAUUUUUAUGUUUGAGCUGUUACAAAGUUGAGUAAGGUGUUGGAAAUUUGAUAGUACGUUGCGAUGGAUUGAAUAAAUUUGUGUACGGCGUGU